AUGUUCAAUCUUACCGCCGUCGUUUUUGGCCUUUUUGCACUUUUUGUCAGCGUUUCUGCGUGGAAUCGUCAAAGUGAGUAAUAAUUAGCCGGAACACCUGUGUAGAAGCCACAAACUUUCAACCUACUUUAGACCAUUUCGGCAAUCCGUGCUACCUUUGCUCGUGCUUCACCGUCUACGCGGAUCGUGACGUGGCGGUCCCGUUGCGACCGUACGCGAUGGCCAUCGAUGGAUACGACACGACCGAAGAUCGAUGCCUCGCCACGUGUCAGCGCGACAAGGUGGGUCCGAUUUUCUAGGCCACGGCCGCCGCCACCAAAUGAUUGUUGCAGCGUUGCCGAGCGGCAGUGUACGGAAUGGUCGGCGGGCGAAGUGUGUUCACUUGUGAAUUUUACGAAAAAUUGGACACGAGGAGUGCGCCAGUGUACACGACGUACGUCAACAUGUACAUAAAACGGGCCAGCGAGUGCAAACUACCGAGUGAGGAGAUUUUGGCGAUAAAAUUGCAAUUAAUUUGGGGCAAGCUUUCAGUUUCACACCUUUCAUCCGUCGAAAUGAUUCCGGCCGACAACGCGUCGCUGAAGAGACGGGCAAAAUUGGAGAAGCUGAUCGGAAGAAAAAAUCCGUUCCUCGGAUAA